GAAUAAUGGCUUGAAACACAGUGCACAGAACUCGCGACGCGAAGCAUCGUCAUACUAAAUGCGAGCAAUCUAAAAUAUCUAUACCUGAUGUUAGAAACGCUAUGCUGAUGUGGAGGCGUGAGUCCGAAGGUGCCAGGAGGCUCAAGGAAAUUGAGGGCUGCACCGCCCACCGCAGCAGGCCGCUCAGCAUCCGGGAAAGGCUUGCUGCUACGCCUGCCGCUCGAGAAGCUGCAGUUGGAUUUAAAGACCUGCAAUGCACUACAAAUUACGCUGUGUCGUCGGAUGGCGAGUUUCAGUUGGAGGUGCCUGUCGCGCUUGGCUUGGGAGCCACCCGCAGCGGCUAUCCCGACGCCCGCAUUCAGUUGCUGCGAAUACGCUGGGGCGAGCAGCCCACCGCGGACGGCCCUCCAGCCUUCUUUCCGCUUCCCACAUCUGAGUUUGAAUCAGCGGCCGAUGAUGGUGACGUGUGGCAGCAGCUGGGCAACCUCCGCUGCCACCGGGGCUCUGCCAGCGCAAGCGCGUGCCACGGUGCCGGCGCACCCGUGCCACCGGCGCUAGACACCACCACCCAUUCCAUUGGCGGCAAGCUACAGCGCCGCCGGCCCGGCUGCGGCAGCGCCACUUCCGGCGGCGCCGCCAGCGCCAUCGGCCGCCACCUCAGCACCGCGGGGGCGCUGGUGCUGUUCUCAGUGCUCCACCGGGAUGCGGCGCCCGUGCUUGACGCAGCCGUGUUUCGGGCAAGCGCUCUGGCGGCGGCGGGCGUGGCGACUUCGUUAGCUCUGGGCUUCGCAGCCGAUCGCCUGGGCUGCAGUGACACGGGCAGUAGCAGUGGGAGGCAAACGGGAGGGGAAGGCUGGGGAGGGGGCUUGCGGCGGCACAGCCGGCGCGCGGCGCAGCCGGCCGCGGCGGCGCUGCAGGCCGUGGCUUCGGGCGUGAGCGGUGCCGCGAUGCCGGCCUUCUGCUUCAUGCGGCGACUACUGAUCCCUGCCGGGCUGCUCAACCUCGCGUCUGCCGCUUGGUGCGCACUGCACGGGCCCAGCGCGGCGCUGGCGGCGGCAGUAGCAGACCUUCUGGCGGUGGGGCUGUGCUACAGCUCCCUCACACGGCAGGAGGACACGGGCCGCAUCGCGCCGGGCCGGCCGCGCGAGCUGGCGUGGCGGCGCGCGCAUAAGGCCGCCGCGCGGCGUCUGGCCCGCCACCUGGGUGACCUGCCGCCCGCGCCGCCGCUGGCGCCGGCCCUGGCGGUGCUGGGCCGCUGCUGCAUCGCGGCGGGCCUGGCGGUGGAGGGCGCGCCGCUGUGUGGCGCCGUGGACCCCUACCGCGUCGCUGGCGGCGGCGGCGGCGGCGGCGGUGGUGGCGGCGGCAGGGGAGCUGGCGGAUGCGGAGGAGGAGGUGCUGGGAGUGUGGCGGCGGCGGCAGCGGCGGGGCGGCAGCAGCUGCAGCAGCAGGUGCUUGUGCUGGCGUUCUCGUAUCACGGCCGCCGCAGCCGCUGCCAUCAGGAGGGCGAGGCGGUCGGCGACCACGCAUUGGCGGCGGCGAUGGAGCAGGCGGUUCUGGGGAGCCAGGGGCAGUCCGUGGCAGCAGCAGCGACCGCUGCAACAGCGCCAGGGGCGCUGGCGCUGGUGCUGGUGCUGGUGCUAGUGCUGGUGCUGGAACUGGUGCUGGCGCCGGCGUGCUGCUGCCGCAGCCCUCGGCACCAACACCACCAACAGCAACUCACUGCAGCCGGCUCCGCCCGCCGCGGACUGCCCAAGGCCGGCAGUGCGUCCAGCCUCACAGCCAUGGCCGCCGCCGUCAGCCCACAGCCGCCGCCGCCACCUCCCACCCCACUGCUAGGUGCUGCCACUGCGCCCGGCACGGCUGCGGCAAUCCCACGCGUGCCGGCCGCCGCCACCGCUCUUGUCUCCCUCGUGGCGGCUCCAGCAGCUGCAGCCAGGGGCAGCGGCGGUCGCAGCAGCAGCGCUCGCGGCGGCGGCAGUACCGGCACCAACUCGGCGGUCACGGCCGGCAGCGCUGUGGUGACGCCGCUGACGGCGCCGUCGCCAGCCAGCUUGUCCGGCAUGGCCACGCCGUCAGGCAGCGGCAGCGGUGGUGCUGGCGGCGCUGCGGGCAGCUGCCUACAGCUGCCGCGGCAAGGCCUCGCUGCGACAGGCGCAGGAGGGCCUGCGUCUAGCACGGCCACGCCACCAUACAGACAGGGACCUGCCGCCACGGCCGCCGCCAGCACCACCGCCGCCAGCGCCGCCGCCGGCGCCGGUGCCCAGCCCGGCGGCGCGGUGACGUGGGACGUACGCAGCCUGUCGCCGGCGGCAGCCCGGGCGCUGCUGGCGGAGGAGCAGCGGCAGGCGGAGGCGCUGGGCCUACCGCUGUACGGCAGGGCGGACCACCACCAUGACGCCGGCGGCGGCGCCCUGGCAGCAGCAGCGGCUGCCCCGGUGCCGCUGUCUCACCGGCUGGGCCUGGCCUUCCGUGCCGUGUACCUGGCGGCCGUGUUCCUGCCCUUCCUGACGCUGGGCGUGGCGCUGCUGCUGCUGUCCGUGCUGAUAGAUCGCGGCUACAGCCGCUACAGCCGCUACAGCCGCGGCAGACUGCUGGCGCAGCAGGACCGGCAGCUGACGCAGCCGGCUGUAGCAGCUGCAGCCGGUGCAGCUGCUGCUGCAGCCAUACAGGCCGGGUCUAGGGGCGUGGCGGCGGAGGCUGUGGAGGGGGCGGCGGCGGCGGCGCCGCCGCGCCGCCUCCAAUCCUCAUCGGCACGUGGCGCGGUGGCGUGCCGGCUGCUUGCCUGGCGGCUGCUGCUGGCUGGGUGCCGCUGCAGCGGCGCGGCCUUCAUCAAGUGGGGGCAGUGGGCGGCCACGCGGGUGGACCUGUUCCCUGACGACUUCUGUGACACACUGGCCAACCUGCACGACCGCGCGCCCACACACAGCUUCGCCUUUACCAGGAAGCAGGUGGAGCGGUCGUUCGGGCUGGCGCUGGAGCGCAUGUUCGAGUCCUUCGAGCAGCAGCCCGUGGCGUCAGGCAGCAUCGCGCAGAUCCACCGGGCGGUCAUGCGCGGCUCCGACGGCUCCCGGCUGCAGGUGGCUGUCAAGGUGGUGCACCCGCGAGUGGCGCUGCGCAUCCGCCAGGACUUUGCGCUGCUGCGCCCCGCCGCCGCCGCGCUGGGCCGCCUGCGCUCGCUGCGCUCGCUGUCCCUGCCCGAGACCGUGAGCCAGUUCAGCGCCACCAUGACCGCCCAGGCCGACCUGCGGGUGGAGGCCGCGCACCUGCGCCGCUUCUACGCCAACUUCGCGGCCGUGGCGGCGCACGUGACCACGCCGCGGCCGCUGCCGGGGCUGGUCCGGCCCGAGGUGAUGGUGGAGACGUGGGAGGACGGACGCAGCGUGUCCCACUACAUCCGCUACCCGCACCCCAGCCUCAACGGACGGGUGGUGUGUCUGGGACUGGACACGUACCUCAAGAUGCUGCUGCAGGACAACUUCGUGCACACGGACCUGCACCCGGGCAACAUCAUGGUCCGGGCGGUGGACAGCCAGGGCCGGCCGAUGGCACUACCCGACUCGGGCGGCGCCACCAGCAACAACAGCAACAGCAACAGCAACAGCAGCAACAGCACCCACUAUUCAGAACCGGAGCAGCCGCAGCAGCUGCAGGCGCGUGAGGGGCGGGGACACGGGCGGCAGCAGCAGCCGCGUUGCGGCGGCGGCGACGGCACGCAGUGCAACUGCGGCGACGGUGAGGCGGCAGGAGGCGCAGCAAGGCGCCCCCAGCGCCAGCGGUGGUGGAUGUUCUGGCGGCCGGGUGGGCGGGUGCUGCACGGCGCACUGUCACUGGCGCGCGCGGCCUCAGCCUCCGCCACCGGCCGCGGCCACGGCCACGGCAACCACAGAGCUCCAGUGGCGACGGCGGCUGCCACACCCGCUGGCGGUCCCUCUCACGGCGCCGUCGCUGCCUUCACGGCUGCCAAGGUGGACAGCGGCGGCGCCGGCACUGGCGGAGGCGAGGGCGAGGCGGGCGUGCAGCUGGUGUUGUUGGACUUUGGCCUGGCUGAGGAGCUGAGUCCCGUGGUGCGGCACCACUUCAUCUCCUUCUUGCAGCACCUGCUCAGGGGCGACGGCGUGGCAGCUGCGGGUCACCUGCUGCGCUGGACGUCGCGGCGGCAGGCGUGCGCCGACCCCGCCGCCCUCACAGCCGACAUGGUGGCGCUGGCCGCCACACAGUGCGACCUGCGCAGCGAGGAGGGCAUUGACCUGGACAAGGUGAUGAAGGACGUGCUGCGGCUGGCCCGCAAGCACGGCGUCACCAUCGACUCCUGCUACGCGGCGCUGGUGAUUGCGGUGUGCGUCAUCGUGGGCUUCGCCACCAGCCUGGACCCCGGCGUGAACCUGGCGGACCCGGCAGUGCCGGCCAUGCUGGCACACGCUCUCACGGGCCGCGUGGUCGGCCGCCUGUACAACUAGUGAGUUAGUUUGUUGGUGGGUGAGUGGGUUUGCUGGGUGUACAGGUCGUGAGUUAUGUGAUUGGUUAGUUCGGGUAGCAGUAGUACUUUUUGGAAGGGGAUGAGGGGUUUGGGGUGGGGCAGGGUAUGUGGUAUGAUGUUAAAGCAGCUGUAGCUAGUAGUUGUAGGUGCUUUGCGGUAUGCUUGUCUAUGUAGAGGGUGGGGAGCGGAUGCAGGAAGCAGGCGUGUGGUGGGCAAUGCAAGCAAACCGGCAAGCAAACCGGAGCGGAGCGUGGUAUGCGCGGGGUUACGCAGGUCAAGAUCAAGGUAGGUCCAGGCUCAGGCUGCGUGGUUCCAUGGGAUGCCAUGGAGUGUGCGGGUGCCAAUGCGGCUGGGGGUGCGGGCGCGGAGGGAGGCAGGAGGUUGACGGCCCAUGUCUGCACGUGUGAGUGCGGCCGCCGCGGCGUCAUCCACGUGUAGCGGGGCAGGCACGGGGGAUGCUCUCAGCCGGAGGGAAUGAGCGGGAGGGAUUGAGCAAGAGUCCACGUUGAGCGCAGGUUCGAUGAGUGAGAGAUCUCGAAUGACAAUUGCCGGUAGGGGUCAGGCAGGCUCCAGUUUUGCGUGUGGUAGACACAGGGUAGAUAGCCGCACUUGCUUUUGCAGCAUGGUCCAUGCGCGCACACACAAAAGCACUUGCGUGCAUCGUGCGCUUUGCCUUGCGACGUUUUCCGCCUUUUUGAGCUAGUUUGUUCUUGCCUGCAGGGCUUGCAUGUUGUGCCGUCUUGUACGUUUGAGCAGGUGUGCAGCGCAGUGCAAAGACGCAGGGUUACCAGUCGGACAUCUGAGUGUGUGAGGUGUAAAAGGUGGAACGACUUUGGGUCCCAAAUGCGUGGCCGGGUGACCGUAUCCAGAAUGACUGCAUGGGCGCAUGGGCGGUGGCAUGGGCGGUGGCGGCUGGGGGCAGCUGGCAGCUGCAGUGCAUGCAGCCGGUGCAACGCGGCUGGAUGGUAACAUGGCGAGUGUCGAAAGGAAUGCAACAUGAAGCUGCUCAGAUGUACACGGGCAUGGCGUGUGAGGACAUGGUGGGCCGUCGCUGGUCUUUCACGAGUCUUGCGUCGCCUUGCCUAUCAUGGCAGGCGGGUGUUGUAUACGUAUCCGGGCAAAUGAUUCAUGA